AUGUUUCUCAAAGAGUGCUACAAAUCGUCCGAUCCCGACUAUGGUUCUACAAGAAAUGGUUCCUACUUAGAUGCUGUUCAGACAAUUCUAGGAAAAAAGAAUGCUUGGGUAUGCGGCAUUAUUGUGCGAAUAAAUUUAAUCAAGAUAGGUAUUGUGUAUACGAUUACAUCCUCCAUCAGCAUGAGAGCAAUUCAGAGAUCAAAUUGUUACCAUAAUGAAUGGCAUGAAGCUGCUUCAAUCAUGUCCUUUACAUACGCUACUAUUGGAUCAGCACUUGGCUUGGCAAAAGUAAUAGAAAAUGGAGAGAUAAAAGGUAGCAUUGGAGGAGUGUCUACUUCGAAUCCUGCUAAAAAAGUAUGGGCAGUUUCUCAAGCGCUUGGGGACAUGGCCUUUGCUUUCCCAUUCUCUGUUAUUUUCCUAGAGAUACAGGAUACUUUGAGGUCUAAUCCACCGGAAAAAGUCACCAUGAAGAAGGCAUCAAUAAUGGCAGUCUGCAUCACAACUUUCUUCAACCUAUGUUGCGGAGGGCUUGGGUAUGCAGCUUUUGGGAAUUCAACCUCCGGGAACCUUUUGACAGGAUUUGGUUUUUACGAGCCUUACUGGCUCAUCGACUUUGCUAAUGCCUGUGUCUUUCUUCAUCUUGUUGGAGGAUAUCAGGUAUUCAGUCAACCACUUUUUGCAAUUACUGAAAGAUGGAUUAUCAAAAAGUUUCCCAACUGUCGAACAUUGCACGAAGAUUACAAUCCAAAAUCAAUACCAGGUUUGAGACUAAACCUUCUGAGGCUGUGUUUCCGAACUGCUUAUGUUGCAUUCACCACAGGUUUCGCCAUACUUUUCCCGUACUUCAACCAAGUUGUUGGGGUGGCCGGAGCAAUAAACUUUUGGCCUAUUGUUGUAUAUUUCCCGGUGGAGAUGAGCCAGGGCGGAGCCGCCAAGAAUUUGGUGGAGUGUGGCAAUGUGAAGGUUGAAGGGAGCAUGGUAAGGACUGGGCUAGGUGCUUUCAGCAGGAUGUGCAUAAUCCAUAGGAGAACUGGAUGA